AUGGCUCAAAUCUUAAUCCUUUACCCCUCUGGCCACCCUUUCGAUCUGGACUAUUAUCUCAAGAGUCACAUUCCCCUGGUUUCUAAGGUUUGGGGACCUCUUGGCCUUCAAGGCUGGGAUGUUCUGACGUUUCCUACCGGUGCACCUUAUCAGGUUCAGGCAACUUUAAAAUGGAAGAGCUUGGAAGCGUACGGGGAGGCAGCCACCGGCGAGCCUGCACAGGGGCUUUUUGGCGAUAUUAAAAACUUUACCACUGCUGAGCCGGUUCUGCUUAAGGGGUCGGUUGUCGGGAGUUCUGUUGAAUAG